UUUUAUUACUAGUAGAUAAUGCCGCUUUAUAUUGUCAUAAUCAACCUAAUACUAAUAAAUUACAUAAAUCAGAUAGAUUAGAUUUUGAUUCAGAGGAAAUAUCUGGUAAUGAUAUAAGUACAAGUAAUAGUCAUGGUAAUCAUGGUCGUAGUUAUGGUAAUGGUUAUGGUAGUAAUAAGAGUCAUUAUGAUAAUGGUUAUA